CCUUAUUAUUUGGAUUCAUGUGACAGUUAAGGUUAGCCAAAAACAAGUCAGUUGGCAGCACCUAUUUCAAUGUUCGAGUCGGCCGGCCGGAAUUUAGCUGGACUUUUUCGUUAUCGCAGCAUUUCAACUACCUGCGCCAGAAUGGCAAGUGAGGUAGAAAAGGCGCAGAGCGCAGCCGCAUCCGAAGACACCAUAUUCGGCAAGAUUUUACGCAAGGAAAUUCCAUGCAAAUUUAUCUACGAAGACGACAAAUGUGUGGCCUUCAAUGAUGUUGCACCCCAAGCGCCGACCCAUUUCUUGGUCAUACCACGCAAGCCGAUUGCGCAGCUCUCCACAGCCGAGGAGGGAGACGGCGAGCUCUUGGGCCAUUUGUUGAUGGUCGGGCGGAAGGUGGCCAAGGAACAGGGCUUGGAGAAGGGCUAUCGUGUGGUCAUCAACAACGGACAGCACGGCGCCCAAUCUGUCUACCAUUUGCAUUUGCACUUCCUGGGCGGUCGCCAAAUGCAGUGGCCACCCGGCUAAUUUCAACGUUGCCUUGAAUCAACCCAAAUAAAAACAAUUUGAAGAGAAAUAAAUACAGCUUAUUCAAAUUAAAA